UUCCUCUUAAUUUCCUCCAUUUAAUUAUCUUUCUUUUUUUUUUGUAUUCUUUCUUGAAGUUUCCUACUUUUCCUUUUUUUUCUUUUUCUUAUCGCUCUUCUCCUCUUUUUGUGUAUUUAUAUAAAUUUACUUAUAUCACAAAAAACAUAUAUAUUUUUUUAAAUUGUUAUAAUUAUCCAUGGCUUUGCAUAAACAUCUUAUAGUAAUUCUCUUGGCUUGUUUGAUCAACUCUUGUUAUGCUUAUCAAUUCUAUGUUGGUGGUAAAGCUGGUUGGGUUCCUAAUCCAUCUGAAAAUUACAAUAAUUGGGCUGAAAGAAUGAGAUUUCAAAUCAAUGACACUCUUGUGUUCAAGUACAUGAAGGGAUCAAACUCAGUAUUAGUGGUAAACAAGGAUGAUUAUGACAAAUGCAACACAAAUAAUCCAAUUAUGAAAAUGGAUGAUGGCAAUUCAAUUUUCAAAUUUGAUCAUUCUGGUCCAUUUUUUUUCAUUAGUGGAAAUAAAAAUGAUUGUGAAAAUGGAUCACAAAAAUUAAUUACUGUUAUUUUAGCCAUUAGACCUCCUCCUCCUUCAACUCCGGCGACUUCUCCGUCGGAAUCACCCGCAACAUCUCCUGUGAGUCAAACACCUACUUCAUCACCCGCAACAUCUCCGGCGACUUCACCGGCAACAUCUCCGGCAACUUCUCCAGCAACAUCACCUGGAACAUCUCCAUCAGCAUCACCAUCAACAUCUCCGGCGACUUCCCCGGCAACAUCUCCGGUGACUUCUCCGGCGCCGGCGAGUACAUCGCCUUCUUCAUCGCCAUCAGGGGAGAUAAUUUCACCAUCUCCAUCGGGUGGUUCAUCAUCAUCGUCUCCAAGUUCAUCGAGUACGCCGGGAUCGCCGUUGGAUUCACCGCCAGGAGGCGGCGGAAACAGUCCGCCGGCGGAUAUUGCGGCACCUACCGGCUCAAAUAACUCGGCAGUAAAAGCAUUUACUACAACUUCAGCUGCUUUUGUGUCAAUUUUAUUUACUAUAAUAAUUUUUAUUUCUGCUUAGUGGAAAAUAAAUAAAUUAAACAUAAAAAAUAAAAAAUAGUUUGUUUAUUUAAAAAAAAAAAAAAAAAGUCUUGGUACAUUGAAUUACUGAGAGGUUUAUUAGAUAGAAAGGCAGUGUUUUCUUUUUUAUUUUUAUCUUUUGUUGUUUUUUUAUGGUUAUCAUGGAAUUGAUUUCAUGAGAGUAUAUAAUAAUAAUCAAAGUUUGUUCUUGUUAAUGUAUA